AUGGCCACCCUCACUGGGCCCUCCGUGCUUUCUCGGAUCACUAAAGAGGGAAGAUUUCUCUCUCAUGAUGGAGGUCGGGACGUACGAUCUUUUUCAUUUGCUCGUGACCACCCGCAUUCGGGCAGCCGUCAAAGCCACUCAGACCUUGAUGGAGUGCCAAAAUACGGACUCACGCUGAAAGCAUCUGGUGAGGAUGCUGAUACCCCGUCUAUCAAGAAGCCAAAGUUGGGACAUGUCAAAGUCGAAUCUAGUGCUAGUCAAACUUCCCAUUUGGAAAGGAUUCUGGCGAAGAUAUCUCCCAAAUCCACACCGGUCUCCCACCCAGAGCCCGAUCCAAAUUCGCGUUCAUCUCGAGUUCCCCAGUCCCGUGACACAUUGCCAGCGGCGAGGCUGGCGGAAACUGGCAACAGUCACUCCACCAAUGACAAGGUGGCUGAGCUUCUUCGACUCAAGCAGGAGCUUCUCGCAGCCAAUUCCAAGAUUGCUUUGCAGGAGCAAGAACUUGCCCAGAAUCGUGUGAUCAAGCACACUCUGGACCAGGCUCUAGGUCCUCCGUCUGAAGCUGAGUUUGGCGCUCGUGAUAUCACCGAACAGACCAUCAGCAACCUGCAAAACGCUUUCAACGCCUCGAAUCCCACCUUUGGUCCGUUUCAAGACGCAUGGAAUACACAAGAUGACUCACAAUCUGAUAUUUCAGAUGCACUGUCCGCUGGAGCGUACAACCGUGCCUGUGGGCUUUGGAAGCAGAAUGGACAGUCACCGUUCGGGAUGAACACCCAGAACCAUUCUUUUGACAAAGCUUAUGGCGAGCCUCUCCCUGGAUCCCAAUCGGCGAAUCAGGAAUCUGGUCGUUUUUGGGGUGCCGCACCGGUAUACCCCACUGGUUUUGGCGCCCCCCAAGGAGCUUUCCAGCCUCAAAGAAUCAUUUCUGGUCCCUCAAACAGUGGGUAUGGCUUUUAUCCUCGGCCACCAGGUGAACAAUCUCGGUUCUUCCAAGCCCCAAAUCCCGGACCUCGCCGUUCUCUUACACAGGGAGGUCGAGGUGGCCCUAUCUUUCCUGCUCAAAAUACUACGUGGGGGCCCUUGGCCUCCGAAUCCCAGAGUGAUGUCGCUCCCAAGUCUCCGGGAUCGCCCACCAGCAGAUCAUCCAGCGUCUUUCAGCCGGUAGGAGUCUAUCCAGUGUCUUCGUAUCAGGGGCGACAAGGUCCAACGGUGCUGUCUCCAACCGCGUCUGAGUUUACCACUGGUAGCGCGACUAGUUCUGUGUGGACAAAUACUUCAGGUGUUGGUGGACAUUGCAUGCAAACCUAUGUGUCUCCCCUUGAACCACUCAACUAUAGACGUCUGCUCGACAAAAAUGUCUCCUGCGACUGGAAAUACAUUGUGGAUAAGAUUGUUUGCAACAACGAUCAACAAGCAUCCAUUUUCCUGCAACAAAAGCUCAAAGUGGGCACAUCGGAGCAGAAGUUUGACAUCAUCGAGGCCAUUGUCAGUCAGGCAUACCCACUGAUGAUCAAUCGCUUUGGAAACUUUCUUGUUCAGCGUUGUUUCGAGCAUGGAACACCCGAUCAAGUUGUUGCCAUCGCCAAUGCAAUCCGAGGCAAUACUCUUAGCUUGAGCAUGGAUGCCUUUGGUUGUCACGUCAUCCAAAAGGCAUUUGAUUGUGUUCCAGAAGACCACAAGACCGUCAUGGUGCACGAACUUCUUCGCAGAAUCCCGGAAACUGUGAUUCAUCGGUAUGCCUGCCACGUUUGGCAGAAACUCUUCGAGCUUCGAUGGAUUGGAGAGCCGCCCCAGAUCAUGACCAAGGUGAAUGAGGCACUGGAAGGAAUGUGGCAUGAAGUGGCUUUGGGUGAAACAGGAAGCCUGGUGGUGCAGAAUAUCUUCGAGAACUGCGUUGAAGAGGAAAAGCGACCGGCGAUCGAAGAAGUUUUGGCCAAGAUCGAUCUACUUGCUCACGGCCAAUUCGGCAACUGGUGCAUCCAGCACAUUUGCGAGCAUGGCGCUCCCCAUGACAAGAGUCGUGCGGUUGAGCAUAUCCUCCACCAUUCUGUGGAUUACAGCAUGGAUCAAUUUGCCUCGAAGAUUGUUGAGAAAUGCCUGAAAAUCGGUAGCUCCGAGUUCUUGGACCGAUACCUCAACCGUGUAUGCACGGGUCGCACUGAUCGACCCCGCAUGCCUUUGAUUGACAUUGCGGGAGAUCAGUAUGGCAACUAUUUGAUUCAGUGGGUCUUGAUGAAUGCUGCAUCGCACCAGCGUGAGCUUGUGGCCAGUCAUAUUCGGAAACAUAUGGUUUCUCUCCGAGGUUCCAAGUUUGGCUCCCGAGUCGCGAUGCUUUGUUGCAACCCGUCCCAUGCCACGCGCCCUGGGCCUGGUACUGGCAUGCAAGUUGGCCGCUUCGGUCAUUUCAACGACGACAGAUUCUCUUCCACGAGCUCCAACAGUGGCCGUUUUGGUCGAGGCAAUCAGUGGAGCCCCGGAUACUCUCCUUACCGUUAG